CCGGCGAGGGCGAGAUGCCGUCCGGCCCGGAGCGCUUCCAGUUCGCCAUCGACCGCGGCGGCACCUUCACCGACGUCUUCGCCCGCUGCCCGGGGGGGCGCGUCCGCGUGCUGAAGCUGCUCUCCGAGGACCCGGCCAGCUACCGCGACGCGCCCACCGAGGGCAUCCGCCGCAUCCUCCAGCAGGAAUGCGGCACCCCCUUCCCGAAGGAGCGGCCCCUGGACACGGCGCGCAUCGAGUGGAUCCGGAUGGGCACCACGGUGGCCACCAACGCCUUGCUGGAGAGGAAGGGGGAGCGCCUGGCCUUGCUCAUCACCCGCGGCUUCCAGGACCUGCUCGGCAUCGGCACCCAGGCCCGGCCCAAGAUCUUCGACCUGGCUGUGUCCAUGCCAGAGGUGCUGUAUGAAGAAGUCGUGGAAGUGGACGAGCGUGUCAUCCUUUAUCAGGAAGGAUGUCGGCUCUUUGCCAACAGCCAGCCAGUCACAGGGGUGACGGGUGACUCCUUGGUGGUGCAGCGACCUGUGGACCUGGAAGCCCUGCGGGGGCCGCUGAAGGGGCUGUUGGCCAAGGGGAUCCACAGCCUGGCCGUGGUACUUCUGCACUCCUACGCGUGGCCGAACCACGAGCAGCAGGUGGGAGCCCUGGCCCGGGAAAUGGGCUUCCGGCAGGUGUCGCUCUCCUCCGAGGUGAUGGCGAUGGUGCGGGCUGUGCCCCGGGGCUACACAGCGUGUGCGGACGCCUACCUCACCCCUUGCAUCGGCCGCUACCUGGAGGGGUUUCGGGCCGGCUUUGCUUCCCAGCUCCAGGGCGUGCCUGUCCUGUUCAUGCGUUCCGACGGCGGCCUCACCCCCAUGGAGGCCUUCAGUGGCUCUCGCGCCAUCCUGUCGGGCCCCGCCGGUGGAGUUGUGGGCUACGCGGUCACCACCUACCGCCAGGAGGGUGGGCAGCCCGUCAUCGGCUUCGACAUGGGCGGCACCUCCACGGAUGUGAGCCGCUACGCGGGGGAGUACGAGCAUGUCUUUGAGGCCACCACGGCCGGCAUCAGCAUCCAGGCGCCACAGCUGGACAUCAACACCGUGGCUGCGGGGGGCGGCUCGCAGCUCUUCUUCAGGUCUGGGCUCUUUGUGGUUGGCCCCGAGUCGGCUGGGGCCCACCCUGGCCCCACGUGCUACCGGAAAGGAGGGCCCCUGACCGUGACGGAUGCCAACCUGUGCCUGGGCCGCCUCCUGCCCGAGUAUUUCCCCCGCAUCUUUGGGCCCCACGAGGACCAGCCGCUCUCCCGAGAGUCCGCCCUGCGGGCCUUUCGAGAGCUUACCGCCAGCAUCAACGCCUACCUGGGGCCCAGCUCGGCCCUCGGCGUGGAGGAGGUGGCCAUGGGCUUCAUCCGGGUGGCCAACGAAGCCAUGUGCCGGCCGAUCCGGGCCUUGACCCAGGCACGGGGCCACGACACGUCGCGUCACAUCCUGGCCUGUUUUGGCGGUGCCGGCGGGCAGCACGCCUGUGCCAUCGCUCGGACCCUGGGCAUGAGCAAAGUCUUCAUCCACAAGUACAGCGGGAUCCUGUCGGCCUACGGGCUGGCUCUAGCCGACGUGGUGCAUGAAGCCCAGGAGCCCUGCGCCCUGCCCUAUGCCCCGGGGGCCUACGCCCGGCUGGACGAGCGCGUGGCAGCCCUGGAGCAGGAGUGCGUCCGGGCUCUGGAGGCCCAGGGAUUCUCCAGAGCCCAGAUCAUCACGGAGGCCUUCCUCCACCUGCGUUACGAGCGGACGGACUGCGCGCUGAUGUGCUCGGCUAAGGGCUACCCGGCCACGCCCGCCUCCUGCCGCACCGGCGACUUCGGGGCUUCCUUCGCUGCCCGAUACCUGCAGGAGUUUGGCUUCACCAUCCCCAGCCGGGCCGUCCUGGUGGAUGACGUCCGGGUGAGGGGCACGGCCACGACCGGGCUGGGCCAGGAGGAGGCGGUCGCUGCCAGCAAAGGGGCCGCCCGCGUGGAGAAGGUGACUUCCUGCUAUUUCGAGGGGGGCUACCAGGAGACCCGCGUCUACCUGCUGGAGGACCUCUCCUGGGGCCACUGCAUCCCCGGGCCCAGCAUCCUGAUCGACCCAAACAGCACCAUCCUGGUGGAGCCGGGCUGCACAGCGGCCGUGACCCGCCUCGGCGACAUCUGCAUCACGGUGGGCUCUGGGGCGGUCCGUCCCGUCGGCCCCCAGCGAGACCCCGUCCAGCUCUCCAUCUUCUCCCACCGCUUCAUGAGCAUCGCAGAGCAGAUGGGACGCAUCCUGCAGCGCACGGCCAUCUCCACCAACAUCAAGGAGAGGCUGGACUUCUCCUGCGCCCUCUUCGGGCCGGACGGGGGGCUGGUGUCCAACGCCCCCCACAUCCCGGUCCAUCUGGGCGCCAUGCAAGAGACCGUGCAGUUCCAGAUCCAGAACCUGGGCUCCGACCUCCGUGAGGGGGACGUGAUCCUGAGCAACCACCCGUGUGCCGGCGGCAGCCACCUGCCUGAUCUGACGGUCAUCACCCCGGUGUUCUGGCCGGGGGAGCCGAGGCCCGUGUUCUUCGUGGCCAGCCGGGGGCACCACGCUGACAUUGGGGGCAUCACGCCGGGCUCGAUGCCCCCGCACUCCCACUCCUUGCAGGAAGAGGGCGCCGUCUUCAUUUCCUUCAAGCUAGUCAAGGACGGAGUCUUCCAAGAGGAGGAGGUCACGCAGGCCCUGAUGGCUCCAGGGCAGACCCCGGGCAGUAGCGGCACCCGCAGUCUCCACGACAACCUCUCUGACCUGUGUGCUCAGGUGGCAGCCAAUCAGAAGGGAAUCCAGCUGGUGAAUGAGCUGAUUGGCCACUAUGGGCUGGAGGUGGUGCAGGCAUACAUGGCUCACAUCCAGGCCAACGCGGAAGUGGCCGUGCAGGAAAUGCUGCGGGACUUCGCCCGGCGCCGGGGAGAGCCAGGGCGCCCCCUGCUGGUGGAGGCAGAGGACUUCAUGGACGACGGCUCCCCCAUCCGGCUGAAAGUGGCCGUUGACCCCCAGGAGGGGGGGGCUGCUGGGAGCAGGGGGUGGGGCUUCUUGCAUGUGCCCGCCCCCUGGGCUCUUUACUGCCGGAGCUCCGCUCCUGUGCGCUCCUGCAGGAAAUGACCCCUGCCCUUCCCUGUCCUGAAGGGCUGCCUGGCUCCAGUGAGGUCCGUCGUCCCCAAGGGCUCCAUCCUGGAUCCAUCCCUGGACGCUGCUGUCGUGGGGGGCAACGUGCUGACCUCCCAGCGGGUGGUCGACGUGAUCUUCCGGGCCUUUGGGGCAUGCGCGGCGUCUCAGGGCUGCAUGAACAACGUCACCUUUGGCAACGAGCAUGUGAGCUACUACGAGACAGUGGCUGGGGGGGCUGGGGCAGGGCCCGGCUGGCACGGCAGGAGUGGCGUCCACACCCACAUGACCAACACGCGCAUCACGGACCCAGAAAUCCUGGAGAAACGGUAUCCGGUGAUCUUGAAGUGCUUUGAGGUGGCCCGAGGCACGGGGGGUGCCGGGCAGUUCCGAGGGGGGUGCGGGGUCCGGCGGGAGCUGCAGUUCCGGGAGCAGAUGGUCCUGUCAGUGCUGAGCGAGCGGCGGGCGUUCCGGCCCUAUGGCCUGCAAGGGGGGGAGUCCGGCUCCCCUGGGCUGAACCUGCUGAUUCGACGUGAUGGCCGGACCCUCAACCUGGGGGGCAAGACGUCCGUGGCUGUGUUUCCGGGGGACACCUUCCGCCUGCAGACCCCCGGAGGAGGGGGCUUCGGACCACCCACUGAGCCUGCGCCAGCCGAGAUGGGGCCGGGGACGCCCGCCAGGGGCAGGCCCUUUGCAGAGAGAGGCAGCGUCUGUGACUAUCGCCUGGCCCAGGAGACGGCGUGAAGACUGGCACUGGGGGCCCCCUCAGCUCUUGAGGGCAACGGUGUUGGG